GAAACGCAUCUCUCUCGUUUCGUACGCCGCCCCACCCCCUCCCACCUCCUUAUCAUCCCCUUUCCCUCUCUACUCUCUCUCUCUAUCUCUAAAAUUCUCUCUCUCCGGAACUCUCUCUCACUUAUUUAACCCAUGAGAGGUCUUCAGCUCCUCCUUAUUUUUCUCUCUCUCCUCUGUUCUCCACUCUUCUUCUCUUUGCAUGAAACCGAGCUUUCAAUUACCAGAGAGCUUUGUUUGGAUGGAUGGAGAUCUCUAAUGGCCACCAUCAGGUAAUGGCAACUCAUCAACAUGAUCAUGAAGUUCUAAAACUCCCCAAACCCUCUUCAUCUCCAACCCAUCAUCUUCAUCAACAGGAGAAGAAGUCUAGACCUCAACCAGAGCAAUCCCUAAGGUGCCCUAGGUGUGACUCCACCAACACCAAGUUCUGCUACUACAACAACUACAGCCUAUCUCAACCAAGAUACUUUUGCAAAUCCUGUAGAAGAUAUUGGACUAAAGGUGGAUCCCUCAGAAACGUUCCAGUUGGUGGAGGUUGCAGAAAGAACAAGAGAUCUUCACCAUCAUCAUCAACUUCAUCAAAGAAAUUAGGUUUACAACACCACCAAGACAUCAAUCACUCAUCUUUACUCAUUUCUUCCAUGCCUCUACCUCCUCCUCUCAACUAUGAUCCAAGUGACCUCACCCUAGCAUUUUCUAGCUUUCAUAACCAUGACACUUUCCUACUUGGCACCCCUAACUCUAACCCUAACCCUAACCCUAACGCUAGUACUGGUGUUGGGCUUCAUAGCUUCUAUUAUGGCUUUAGUGGUGGAGCUGAUGAUGUGAGAGGAAUGCUUCCCUUUGAUAGUACAGCAGUAGCUGCUGAAACAGUAAUGGUGGGAAAUUUUGAUCCUGCAAGUAAUGUUAAUAGUACAAGUACUAGUCAUGGAAGCUUGGGAAUGGAAUCUGGAAGAGACUAUUGGAGUGGUGUUGGUUCCAAUUCUUCAUGGCAUGGGCUCAUUAAUAGCUCACUAUUGUAGCUCAGAGAUUAAUAUAUCUAUAUAUUUAUAUAUAUAUUACGUGAGUUAAAUUCAUGUUUAAUAUAUAU